AUGUGGGCAAUUAAGCAAGUGAACAUGGACUAUGAAGCUGCUAGAAAUAAAAGGUUGUUGGAUAUCACUGAACUAAAGGAGAAUAGGCGAAAUGCCUAUGAAAAUGCUACAAUUUACAAGGAAAAGACUAAACGAUGGCAUGACAGAAUUAUUUUGCAGCAACAAAUUAUCGCGGGUCAACAAGUUUUAUUAUUCAAUUCUAGACUGAAGCUGGACCCAGGUAAAUUGCGCUCAUGUUGGUCUGGACCUUUCGAAUUCGUCGAAGUAUUUCCUCAUGGUGCAGUCACAAUCAAAGAUUCAAAUGAUGGAUACCAAUUCAAUGUGAAUGGCUAG